CUGUUAGGAGACGAUCGUCUUUUGUUCGACCCUUUAGAGAUUUUCAUCGGGAAAGAUGGCGGCCCGCUUCAUACGUUUAGGCAGUUCUUUGAAGCUUUACACCAACAAGACCAGCUUGGUGAAGCAUGCCUCUUCAGCAUCGGCUGUGAAACAGAAGCUGGUGAAUUUGCCACCCACUCAGCUUACCCAGCUGGACAAUGGUAUGCGAGUGGCAUCCGAGGACAGCGGCCUGCCCACCGCCACCGUGGGAAUCUGGAUUGACUCCGGAUCCCGCUACGAGACAGACAAGAACAACGGCGUCGCCCACUUCCUCGAGCACAUGGCCUUCAAGGGCACAUCCAAGAGGUCCCAAACCGACUUGGAGCUUGAGGUGGAAAACAUGGGUGCUCAUCUGAAUGCCUAUACCUCCAGGGAGCAGACCGUCUUCUACGCCAAGUGUUUGUCCGCGGAUGUGCCCAAGGCUGUUGAAAUUUUGGCUGACAUCAUCCAGAAUUCCAAGCUGGGCGAGCAGGAGAUCGAAAGGGAGAGGGGCGUUAUUUUGAGGGAAAUGCAAGAGGUAGAGACCAACCUGCAGGAAGUUGUUUUUGACCACCUUCACGCCACCGCCUUCCAAGGCACCGCUUUGGGCAGAACCAUCUUGGGUCCCACCCAGAAUAUUAAGAGCAUAACCAGAAGUGACCUCGCUGAGUUUGUAUCAACGCACUACAAGAGUCCCCGAUUGGUGCUGGCAGGCGCUGGAGGCAUCAGCCACGGCGAGCUGGUCAAACUUGCUGAAAAACAUUUCCCAUCCGCCAAGUCCAGUGGAGAGUCAACCGAAAUCCCCAUCCUGCCCAACUGCCGAUUCACUGGUUCGGAAAUCAGAGUACGAGAUGAUUCGAUGCCCCUUGCACACAUUGCCGUCGCGGUUGAGUCCUGCGGUUGGGCUAACCCUGACAGUAUUCCCCUUAUGGUCGCCAACACCAUCAUUGGUGCCUGGGAUCGCUCUCAGGGUGCUGGCAACGCCCACGCAUCUGCCCUGGCUAAGGCCUCGGCCGAGUCAAACUUGUGCCACUCAUACCAGUCGUUCAACACGAGCUACAAGGACACCGGCCUGUGGGGCAUCUACUGGGUGUGCGACCCGAUGCUGUGCGAAGACAUGCUUUUCAACGUGCAGUCGCAGUGGAUGCACCUUUGCAAUACUGUCACCGAGGGUGAGGUGGCCAGGGGCAAGAACCUGCUCAAGACCAACUUGCUGCUGCAGCUUGACGGCACCACUCCCAUCUGCGAAGACAUCGGCCGCCAACUGCUCACCUACGGCCGCCGCAUUCCAGUUCAUGAGUUGGAAGCCAGAAUCGACGCCGUCAACGCUCAGCAGGUUAGAGACAUUUGCAUGAAGUACAUCUAUGACAGAUGCCCUGCUGUGGCCGCCGUUGGACCUGUUGAGAACCUUCCUGACUACAUGAGAAUCCGCAACUCCAUGUACUGGCUUAGGAUUUAAACCACUUACACCAACGCUACCUGUAUGAAGAAAAUCACUUGGCCAGCUUCGAGGCGGGGCCACCGCUGCAUUUCUUUUGAGCUAAAGUGUCUCUACCUUGUUAAUUGUUUGAUAGCAGAGUGGCUUUUCACUCCAAUGCAAGCAGUAUGUGUGGAUGCAGAUUACACCUAAAGCUCCAAGCUGGCUUAGUGAGAUUUUCUUCAGUGUAAAAACAACCAUAGAGCAAGACUAAAGAUCACCUUAAAUGCAGCAGGUGUAAAUUAUGAUUCUGGACAAAACAAUAAAAAGUUAAAUGUUGUCAA